AUGUCGUUUUCGUUUGACGUGCCCUCCACUGCAUACGUCCGCAUCUGUCUCUACAACAUAAUCAUAGGAAUCGGAACAUUCAUUACAGUAGUGGUGGCGGAACUGCCGCUUCUCAAUCUCAAAGACACCGCCCGUACGCUCGACAUGUCGUUCAGUAUAUUUUUGCCAAAUUAUAAUUUGGGUCGAAGUGUGUAUAAUCUGUAUACCAAUUAUUUGGGCAAUAAGUACUGCAAUAUCGGUCCACUCCAGAAGGCGUGCAAUUUGGGAACAGUUAACGCCACAGAAUUCAUCGAAAUGAUUAAAACCGAGUUCAAAGAGUUUUCCUAUUUGUUCGAAGACUAUUUGGAGCAAAUACCACAGGGAAUGAACAUUACUAUACCGGUGCCCGACGUUAUCAAACCCUGUUGUAAAGACGUAUGCGGGGAGACAUGCUUUCCCUGGACCGACAACUUCUUCUCGCUCGAUAAUCCCGGUAUCGGACGCCUAAUCCUGUUAUUCAUAUUCCAGGGAAUAUUCUUCUGGUUUCUAAUAGUUUUGGUCGAAUUAAAUGUCAUCAGAAGCUUUAGAUAUGCAGUGAGUCGGUUGAAGACAUCGAUUCUGAACAAAAUUGGCUCAAAUGAAGACAAAAAGAAUGUGGAAAUGAAUGAGAAGGAGGACGAAGACGUGCGGCACGAAAGCGAACGAAUCAAUAACAAGGAAAAAGCGGCCAAACUCUUCGAAACGGAUGCUAUGAUUAUCAGAAAAUUGACCAAAGAUUACGGCAGUUUCCGUGCCGUCGAUCAUAUAUCCUAUGGCGUGAAACGCGGCGAAUGUUUUGGACUGUUGGGAGUGAACGGCGCCGGAAAGACCACUACAUUCAAAAUGAUUACCGGCGAUGAGACCAUUUCCAGCGGCGAUAUCUAUGUCAACGGCUGUAACGUUAAGAACAGCAUACAAGAGGUUCAGCGGCAGAUUGGAUACUGUCCUCAGUUUGACGGUCUGUUGGAACAGUUGACGGGACGCGAGACUCUUGUGCUGUUCUGCAGAUUAAGAGGAAUUAAAGAGAAUGAUAUGGAGCGACACAUCCAAGACAUC